GAGAACCCGCCCCGGUUGUCGCUCGGUGUGUUUGGUUGUAGGAGCCCGUUUUAAUUCUCGGCGUUCACCGGGAUUUAUUUUAAAAGCACCGUAAAAACUGAACGCUAACGAUGAACGGUAAGUCGAGCAACGGUUCGGCGGGAGGGAUGGCCUGUAUCGAGGGUCUGCCGCCGCUGCCGAAGAGCCUGAGCGGCUUGCUGAACUCGAGCGGCGGCUCCUGGAGAGAAAUGGAGAGGAUGUACGUGAAGAAGACCAUGAUCCAGGACGACCUGAGCCGAGGCAGGAACAACACCGACAACCUGCUGGCCAACAAGCCGGCCAACCUCGACGCUGCCCUGGCUCUCCUGCGGAAAGAGAUGGUGGGUUUGCGUCAGCAGGACAUGUCCCUGCUGUGCCAGCUGUGGUCGCUCCACGAGUCCAUCCAGGAGUACAAGGGCAGCUGCCAGGACCUGAGCGCCGCCUCCACCCUCAGCAUGAUGGAGAACGGCUACUUCGACGAGGACGACGAGUACUACCCGGAGCCCGGCGCCACUCCCACCGGGGAGCAGCCGGACGGCGAGGUCGGGGACGGCACGGCGUCGGCCAAGAACGGGAGCGGCGUCGGCAAAGACGACAGCUGGGACUCGUUUCACGUCACCAUCUGAGGCGUCUCUCUCAGCGUUCUUCUGCGGGUGGAUGCACGUUUGUUGGGUGAGAGGGGGAGAAGGACGGAGCUGAGCUGGAGGGAAACCUCUCGGCCUCCCGGAGAAGGAACUGGAUGGUUAGAGGGAUAACAGUUAAUCGGUGUCUUCUCGCCGUAAUAGACUAUAAAUAUGAAUCUCCAGCUUAACUCGGACCCCUCCUCAGGUGAAACACACCCUGCUUGAGCUGCAGAAGGUUUUAUUUUGGGGCCGAGAGGUCGGGCGGUUGAACACCUCCUCAAACUCAGGAGUUGAGACGGAUCGUCGACUCCACAUACUCAGAAUUAGGCAAUAUAUAUAUAUAUGAUUUCUUUUUCUAUAAACGGCUGCUUCUAUAUCAACUGUUUUUUUGCCAGUCAACCUUUUUUUUGGCCGAACUUUCUUUUUUUUUGACAUAUACAAAAAUAUAUGAACAAAAGUUGUAUUAUUAUUUAUUAUAUAAUAUAAAUAACAAGAUAUUUGCUUUCCUGUUACUCUCUGUGGAAGUUUUUGUUUUUGUUUUUGGACUGCAACUCUACCCGGGUUCAAGGGUUCAGCAUUUACAGGUUGCAGGGAAAUUGGGACUUUACAGGUGAAAACCGAGGAUGGGACCUCUUAACUCUGCAGUUACACGCCGGUGGAGACGGUGUGUGUGUGUGAGACUCAUUUACAUAAACCCUGAAGGUCUCGGACAGAAGCUGUGAGACCUCGAGGAAGAGGAGGAAGAGGUGAAAUCCUCAAAACCUGUUUUUUUUUGUUUUCGAUGCUCGUAUUCGCUCUGAAAAUGUGAAAUGUUCAAACAUGCUGGAGAUAGUUCGCUUCCCUGAAAACCUUCAAAGCGUCUGAGUGCUCGGACGCUCCGGCUCUGUUCUUCCUGUCCGGGUGGUUUUAAAAGUUCCCAGAUGGUUUUCGAUCGGGCUGGUUGUGUAUUAUGCUGUAAUCCCUUUUUCAUGAUGCGUCCACUGGGUCUUGUUUUCCGUAGUUCUGGCCAUCGUUCCUAUCGAUAAUCAGAUCUGGGAACGUCGCUAAACGGUCUCCGUGUGCAGUAUUCCCCUCGCUGAUCGGGAUUCACAUGGGAAACUAUGAAAAUAAGACUCAGGUUGUAGUUAACAACAGUUCUCCUUUACAUGCUCAGUAGCCAGUAUCCAUUUAAAAUAACUUAUUCAGCUUUUUUUCCACAUAACCAGCUUCAAGACUUCUACUCUUUAAUAUACUCAAAUACACGUUGCCAAGAAUUGAGGAACUGUGAUCAACUUCUCACACAAUUUGCACUUGCUCCUUUUAUCACAGGGGCAUUGAUGGGAUUUAUAGAUCUGAUUGAUUGGUGGAAGCGACUAUCUGAUGAAUACAGGGUACUUUUUAUAACGCUUUGUAUCCUAACAGCACAUCCUCUGCUGCAUCCAGCCUGCAGUUACACUACAAACACAAGGCUGAACACUAUUUAAGUCGGAUAAUGGUUAUUAUUAGUGUUUUUUAAUAUACCUGGAAAAAGCUUCCAGGGCUUCAUCUAACCAGAUUGUAACAGCAGGUGUAUUUAAGUGGAGAUAACUUGCAUUUAUUGUAUACCUGAGAACAAAAUAGGAUAAAACAGACAUCCAGUACAGUGAAAUAAUAACGCUCUCCUGUUUCGGAGUGAAAUCAGCCUUAUUUAGACUCUAAGUUUGUGUUUUCUUGCCGUUGACGUUUGGAUGUCUGAAUAUUACGUACACAUGUGAAUGGCCUGUGCAGUCUUCCUAACUCAACCUUGUAGCACGCCGACGCCUCGGCUCAACACACUGCAGCUGCUCCGUCACUCAGACUUUCACUGCGUCAGCGCCCGCCGUCACUCUGACUCUCCGUACGGAUCAUCAUCUGUUGUGUGGACGCGGUCCGAUAUAUUUGCGCGCUCGUGGAACACAAAACCAAAGAAAAGGCGCAGCACUCGACGUGAGCUGUAUUUGGUUUCACUGCUCACAUAAAAAAAAUACACUACGUGAUGACAUCUGAUGUCCCCGAGGAAUGUCUUUACAAGUCAGCUCGCCGUUGACGUUUCUGUCCUUCACACAUUGACAGUUCUGCCUUCAGCCCUCUCAAAGAGACACUAAUAUCUUCAUCACAACAAAACGUUCACUUUUGAAUCUCUUUCUUGUGUUUCUUUUGUAAAAACUGACGAGUGAAAGUCUCAGACGCACAGCGAGUGUGUAAAGAGCCCUUAAGUGAAGAGUAUGUGAGCUUUAAAUUAAUUUUAAAGGAUAUUCUUCCCGUUCCCCCUCUGAUCUGAUCUCUAAUUAACUGUAUGAGGCUUUCUUCUUCUCACACACCACAACCGACUCACCGUUAAACCCAAAAACCGGUUAAUAUCCGUACGUUUAUAUAUUGAACCAGAAACCUAAAAAGACUCUUUAAAAGAACUCAGUGCUUCUGACUCUCAUCUAAUAAGUUGAAUUGAAUGUUUUCUCUGUUAUUUGUUACGAAUCUUUAACAGUUUCUGAAACUUUUCUCACUCGGUAAUCUGAAGCUAACCAAAGCACAUCGGAUCAACAAACAUAAUUGAUGCAGUUUUGAAACAUUUGAAUAAAAAACGUGACCCCGGACGUUUUAUUGGAUGUCUACACGAUGAGUGCCUUCGUAAACCUUCAGGUUUCAGACCUGUGGCUUGCUGUUCAACACGUGGGAGGACGAGAACAUAAACCAUAAACUGUUUUAUCAUUUGACUCGCUUCGACGUGCUCUCGGUUCUUAAAGCUGCUACGUGCCGAGUUUGAAACUUGAUGACUUUUGCAGCCUCCUAAAUCCCUUUUUAAUGGUAGUGUAUUACAUCACAGCAAAUCCCACAGAGCUGCUUAGAAGGUGUGCCAGGGGAUUAGGAGGUUUAUGGGUUUUUGUUUUCUUGUUUCUCCGUCAAAGGAUCUGUUUUCUUUUAUCGAGGGUCGAGCUGUUGGAAGUGUGUUGUUUUGACGCUUCCUCCCUCUGAAAUUGGAGUUGAUUCACACUCUUCACACAAAAGUGAGGCGGUUAUCUUCCGGAAACUGUACGUAUCAAGUGAAUAACUACAUUUAUUCUCCCAAAAAUCAAUUUAAUCUUCUACAUGUAGCAGCUUUAACUUCCAACACUUGUAACAGCCUUAAAAUCGUUCAUGUCAUUUGCGAAAGAACAAGGUGCACUCCUCGCUUGCUCAAACAUUUGCACUCGUUUUGUGGUUCUGUGUUAAAUCCUGCAAAACUGCAACUACCUGAUCCUGUUUUGGGCUUUAUGACACAGGCACACGGUGCUCCUCGUACAGCCACUGAACUGUAACGCAACCCAGCACAAGAAAGGUUCUUUAAAUUACACACCAGCAAACUGUACCUAAUAGUUGAACAGUGUGUUUCCUGCUUUUACAAACCCCCCCCGCCCCCUUUUUCAUGUGAUUAUUGGAUGUUUAAAUGUGCUUCUCAGGGUAAACUUCUCCUGAUGAGAAAUUAUCAACAUGUUUUCACCCUGGAGGGAUUACGACGGAGUAUUAG